AUGCCCUCUUUCUUCAAGAGAAAGCCCGUCAACACCUCCGACACCUCCCCUUUCGAGCCCGCGAGUCCGCCUGAAACCGCUGGACUUGGCUCUGGUACGGGUAGCAAUCCGGAUCUGCGUUUGCCGCCCGCUCCUUCCUCUGCGCCGUCAUCCCCGGAAAAGGAUAGCGGCAGGAAAGAGAGGGAAAAGAAAUCCAAAGGUUACUUUGUGCGGGAGCGGGAGAAGGACAAGCGGCCCAAGUCGCCGCGCAGCAGCAAGUCCUUCUCACGUGCUCGUCGAGACAGCGACUCGCACCCGCUCAACCUUCCGCCAGACGAGUUGCGCCGACUGAGCGCGCUUUCCACGGCCAUGAGCAGCCCGCGAGACUCGCGAGACGGCGGAGUGCCCAUCUCCUCAGACCGCAUGGAGACCACGCCCGCUCCGGACACUCCAGGUGCGUUUCCGACCACCAAUGGCGUGAACGGCGAGCAUCGGGAAGAGCACGAAGAGCCACGGCCCACUCCUCCGCCGCACCGAACACCAACAAGUCCGCCCCCUCAGAGCGAAGUCAAGUCGGAGAAGCCCCAAAUUAGGGACGAUGAGGCUGAGGCGUUCAAGGCCGCGGGCAAUAAAUUGUACAAGGCCGGACAGUAUGGCAGUGCUAUCGACGAGUACACAAAAGGUAUGUUGCCAGUUACAUUCUUACAUCCGUGUUCUGCGGGCUGACUUAGGGCUCUACGCAGCUAUCGAUGCGAAUCCAACAUCUUCAACAUAUCUCUCCAACCGUGCAGCGGCGUACAUGGCCGCCAAUCGAUUCGUCGAAGCGUUGGAGGACUGCAAGACAGCGGACGAGCUGGAGCCAGACAAUGCCAAAAUUUUGCACCGAUUAGCGAAAGUCUACACAUCUCUAGGGCGACCACAGGAAGCACUGGAGGUGUAUGAGCGGAUACAGCCACCGGCAACUGUGAAAGACAAAGCAGCGGCGCUGAGCAUGAAGAAGCAUCUGGAGACUGCUCAGGAGAGUCUGGACAAUAGCAACAGCGGAUCAAUGGCUCUGUUCGCACUCGACCAAGCAGAAAAGGGCCUCGGAUCGUCCGUUCAGCCACCUCGGAAGUGGAGGUUAAUGCGUGGCGAGGCCCACUUGAAGAUGGGUACUGUGAACAGCUUAGGAGACGCUCAAAACGUGGCAAUGUCACUCCUUCGAUCGAACAACGCAGAUCCGGAGGCCUUAGUCCUGCGAGGCAGAGCUCUCUACGCUCAGGGCGAGAACGACAAAGCUCUUCAGCACUUCCGACAGGCGCUUUCUUGCGAUCCAGAUUACAAGGAAGCGGUGAAAUAUCUCCGAAUGGUGCAGAAGCUGGAUAAAAUGAAGGAAGAAGGCAACGGCCACUUCAAGUCCGGAAGAUACCAACAGGCUGUCGCAGUGUACACCUCUGCCUUGGAAGUCGAUGCAAACAACAAGGGUACAAACUGUAUGUUCGCUCAGGCAUGACGAUGUGUCCACAAGGUCCAGGCUAACAAGUAAGCAGCGAAAAUUCUGAACAACCGAGCAAUGUGCAACAUCAAAUUGAAGCAAUGGCAGUCCGCGAUCGACGACUGCGACAGGGCUCUCCAGUUGGAUCCAAGCUACACCAAGGCCCGCAAAACUCGGGCGAAGGCACUCGGGGAGAGCGGCAAUUGGGAAGAAGCCGUACGGGCCUACAAAGCUAUCCAAGAACAGACACCUGAGGAGCCCGGCAUCGCCAAGGAGAUUCGAAAUGCCGAACUCGAGCUCAAGAAGAGCAAGAGGAAGGACUACUACAAGAUUUUGGGCAUUGACAAGGACGCAGGAGAUACGGACAUCAAGAAGGCUUACCGGAAACUCGCUGUUGUUCAUCAUCCGGACAAGAAUCCUGGAGAUCCCGAAGCAGAGAACCGAUUCAAGGACAUUCAAGAGGCGCACGAGACACUCAUCGAUCCUCAAAAGCGCGAGCGAUACGACAGUGGAAUAGAUCUUAUGGAUCCGAGCGAACAGUUCGGCGGAGGAGGUUUCCCCGGCGGCAUGGGUGGUGGAUUUGGGGGAGGCGGUGUGCAGAUCGAUCCCGAGAUGCUCUUCAACAUGAUGAACGGCGGCGGCGGCAUGGGUGGUGGCGGUGGAGGUGGCGGUUACCGAUUCGCAUCUGGAGGCUCGCCGUUCGGUGGUGGCAGUCAGAGAGGAGGAUUCCCUGGAGGUGGUUUCAGUCCUUUUGGAUGA